AUGGAUUGCGGAGAACUGGACGCUGAAAGCGUGUGUGAAGCACAGAGUAAACAUGGCGGUAAUCUGACAGAUGCGAGGAAACACCAAAUAGGAGGUCAACAGCAGCAAUCAGACGAUCAACAACAACAAGUAGGCGGUCGCCAACACCAAGAAGAAGGUCGAAAUCUACAUAUAGGAAGCCAACAGCAACGAAUGACAAGUCAACAAAAGCAAAUUGGCAUUGAACAACAUGACAUGAAAGUUGAACACCAACAAAUAGGAAGUCGACAACUAGGAUGUCGACAACGCCAAACAGGGAGUCAACUGCAACAAUCAGACGAUCAGCAACAACAAGUAGGAGGUCGACAACCCGAAAAAGGAGUUCAAGAUCAACAUAAAGGAGGUGACCAACAACAAAUUGGUGACGAACAAAUACAAAUUGGAGGUCACCAACAACAUACAGGAUACAAACAGCAAAUAAUAGAAGAAUAA